AUGGCGCCCGUGGCAUCGACCUCGCCCGUGACGGGGAGCGUGGUGCCACCGUUCUACAUCCACUCGUCGUCGCGUCACUUCCGUACUGUCGACGGACGCACCAUCCUUCUACGUGGCAUCAACCUCGCCGCAUCAGCCAAGACCCCCGUCGGCCAACCGGGGGCCCAACUCGAUGGCUUCUGGGAACACGCCAAGGACGGCGAGAUGAGCUUCGUCGGGAGGGUGCUCGAUCUCCACAACGGCGUCGCCGAUCGUCACCUCGAGCGACUGCGCAGUUGGGGUUUCAACUGUCUACGAUACAUCGUCAACUGGGAAUCGAUAGAGCACAAAGGACCGUGAGUGAUCGUGGCGUGGCGUGGCGUGGGGAGGCAUGUGGCAUGGUGUUUUGAGUACUCUCUAGGCUCCAAGCUAACACCCCCACACUCGACUUCGCACCUCCAGCGGCCAGUACGAUCAAGAGUAUAUCGACUACACCGUAGCUCUGUUGCGCAAGUGCAAAGAACGCGGCUUCUUGGUCUAUAUGGACCCGCAUCAGGAUGUGGUGAGUCCCAUCACAGCACUGUGGAUCGAUCGCGGUGACCAAAUCUGACCCUCUUCAAAUUCUUCAGUGGUCACGAUUCUCUGGGGGGUCCGGAGCCCCCUACUGGACUCUCAUUGCGUGUGGACUCAACCCAGAAAAUUUUACCGUCACCAACGCCGCCGCGAUCGAAUGUGAAUGGCCCCACCCGGACCACCCCGAUCCGACCACGUUUCCGGCCAUGAUCUGGGCCUCCAACUAUUCACGACUCGCGGCGCAGACCUUGUUCACGCUCUGGGGAGCCGGCCGGGACUAUGCGCCCAAGUGCAUCAUCAACGGCGUCAACAUCCAGGACUUUCUGCACGAGCACUACUUCAACGCGAUAAGGCAGCUUGGGAACGCGAUUGCCGAUGCCGGCGACCUGCUCGACGAAUGUGUCAUCGGGUGGGAUUCGCUCAACGAGCCGAAUGCGGGCUAUCUCGGCAUCGACGACAUCACCCAACAUGGCAAAGAGAGUAUACUCAAGGUCCGAACGAUGCCGACCGCCUUUGAAGGGAUGCAAUUGGCGAUGGGGGAGGCCGUCGAGGUCGAGAACUGGCGAUUCAGCUCGCUCGGGCCGAAGCGGGACGGUUCGGUGCUCAUCGACCCGAAGGGGGCCCGUGCCUGGCUGGACCCGGACGCAGAGAACGACGGCUCACCAUAUGGAUGGGUUCGAGGAUCAGACUGGCAGCUGGGGACAUGUAUUUGGGGCCUGCAUGGCGUCUGGGAUGUCGAGACGCGCGAGGUGUUGCAGGCCGACUACUUUAAGUGGUACCGAGGGCCGCAACCGGCUGAGGAAGCGAGACGAGAGGUGUUCUACGGCAGCGACUACUGGCUCGCCCAUUGGCGGCAAUAUGCACCCAUCGUUCGCGAGUUUCACCCCGAGGCGAUCCACUUCAUUCACACCCCCGUGUUCCAGAUCCCGCCCAAGAUCGAAGGCCCCGAGAUCCAGAACCGCGCCGCCUACUCAACGCACUUCUACGACGGUCUGACGCUGGUGACCAAGCACUGGAACUGGUUCAACGCCGACGCACUGGGAAUCCUGCGCGGCAAGUACGCCUCGGUCGUGCUCGGCGUCAAAGUCGGCGAGACGGCCAUUCGGAAAUGCAUGCGCGAACAGUUGGCGAUGUUGAGGCAGGAUACGUUCGAUGCUCUUGGCCAAUAUCCGACGAUGAUGGGCGAGAUUGGCGUCCCGUUCGACCUGGACAAGAAGAAGGCUUACCAGGAUGGCGACUACACGGCUCAGAUGCGAGCCCUCGACGCGAGUCUCAACGCGUGCGAUGGAACCAAUGCGCUCAACUACACCGUUUGGACCUACUGCCCCGAUAAUUCUCACCAAUGGAGUGAUCGAUGGAACGGCGAAGAUCUUAGCAUUUGGUCCCCAGACGAUGCGGAGCGGAUGGAUGAUUUCCGAGGCUCGAAUGUGCGCCUCGAUCUCAUGGGUCGCAUCCCCGUAACCCGAGCUCGAGCAGCUUCGAAAGCGAGCCCGUUGGAUUUAUCACGAAAUAGCUCAUCGGCUCAGCUUUCUGCGAUGGGGGAGACGAUCGCCGCACAUCCUUCGUAUGCGAUCGGCGCUGCCUCUCUUGCGCUCGUCGUGCCGGUGCAGGGCAAUGGUGCCAGGCUCACCUCGUCGAGCUCAGCGAGCUCAUCGCAGCGCGAAUUUUCCAAAUCACGAGACGAGCAUUCGCCGUCCAGCACUUCCUCCACCUCGUCGCUGCCUCCUCUUGCCUCGCAACCGGCGUGCUACCCCUUCGAAUCCGAGAGGAUCAUCUCUCUCAACGAUGGUGCUCGAGCAAUCGCGGCUUUCUGUCGACCUUACCCGAUCUUAACCGUCGGUACACCAACCAACAUCAACUUUGACAUCCGCUCAUCCAAGUUCUCUUUCGAAGUCGAGCUUGACUCGGACGACUUUACUUCGGACCAAGGCGAGCUCGCAACAGAGGUCUUUGUUCCUUUGAUCCACUACGCCGCGUACCCUUCCCGCGUCAGUCAACUCAUCAAGAAUGACGAUAACGCUUUGGUGAAGCUCACCACUCCGACCGCUGCGAACUAUGCGGUCUAUCACUCGAAACGAACGCCCCCUGCCCCUACCAAGCACGAGGACGCGUCGGACGAGUUGGACGCGAGAGGCGCUCAACUCGCUUCAAGUUUGACUGAGCUUGAGGAUCCGUCCAAAUUGGCGCUCAAAGUCAAGGUUUCGGCGGGAAGGUGGGAGACUGAAGGGCAACGAUUAAAGUGGUAUUACCCUCGACCGACUCAAGGCAAGGUCAUGCUCAAGAUUGAGAUCGAGAGGGAAAAGGGGGCGAUUCCGAAAUGGUCAGUGAAACAUCCUUACGUUCGAAGAGGAACCCCAUACUGAAUGUCUUCCCGUCUUUCCUCUAUCCGCCAGGGUCAAUCAAUGGGAACGUACGCCAAAACUUUGAAGGUUCUGUGAUCGCUGCGUUACUUACCCGACCUCCCUCCCUUGUACCCACACAGGACGGCGCAUCAAUGCCCAGCAUGCGCCAACGUUUGGAAGAACUGCGAGCGCUCAAACCUUCGGACGCGUGCUGCGUUCAGUAGCAUGGUCGGCCAUAUGUGUGGGUCUCGUGUGGACCUUGUAUCGUUGCUUUGUUUAA